UUUUUCAGUGGGCUCCGGUGAAUCGCUCUGCUUUUUAUUUCUUUGCAGACGCCAUGUUUGUUUGAGAGGAGAUGUUAUGACAGUGGGACAGCAGGGGGAUGGUUAAUUGGAAGGAUAUUUUUGAAGAGUAAUCCUAUAAUCUUAAAGCAACUGAUCUGGAACGUAUUUAAUGGACUAUUGCUGUUCGUGACGACUGCGAUUUUUACGAAUUUAAUUUUAAGGAUUGGGUUUUGUCGAUCAGCUGAAGAAGCGAAAAGGAUCAUCUUUUAUUUGGACUGUUUUUUUCUGUUUGUGGCGUAAGCAGGUUUUAAGCAAAAAGCAGUUGCAGAAUUCCAUUGGUUUUCUAGUACAUUUUCGUUUUGCCAUCUUUUUGAGGAGGAAAUGCGAAUUGUUAUCUGUCACAAAACUAUCUUCUGAUUUUUAUGUAUGCAUAUUUUUGUUUCUGGUGAAUUAUAUUUUUUUCUGGAUUAUUUUUGCAACUGUGUAUACUGGAUAUUUAAGUAAGCAUUCCAGAUUUAAACAACGGCUGCAGUAAUAUUGCUUUUAAUUGGAAGGUCGUCCACUUCUGCCAAACAGGAUGUCAAAUGCUGUACCCUCUGAUAUGAUAAAUUUACGGCUUAUCUUAGUAAGUGGAAAAACAAAAGAAUUUGUAUUCUCACCAAACGAUUCAGCAGCAGAUGUUGCUAAGUAUGUGUAUGACAACUGGCCAAUGGACUGGGAAGAAGAACAGGUCAGCAGUCCAAACAUUCUUCGUCUUAUAUAUCAAGGAAGAUUUCUGCAUGGCAAUGUAACAUUAGGAGCAUUAAAACUUCCACUUGGCAAAACAACAGUGAUGCAUUUGGUUGCCAGAGAAACAUUACCAGAACCAAAUUCUCAAGGCCAGAGAAACCGUGAGAAGACUGGAGAGAGCAAUUGCUGUAUAAUCCUGUAAAUAACUGCAACUGUUUGAGCUAACUGUGAUGUAAUAUAGUCUGUCUUUCAUGCUGCUGAAUCGGAGAUGGCCCAGUAUUGCUUUGAAGAUCCCUUGGAACAGCCUGACUCUAAAUCAUUUGAAUCAGAACUGGAGUAACACUCAGAACACUCAAAUAUUUCUUUGUAACAAAGUGCAUAUAUGUAUAUGUAUUUGUCUUUUCUGUUAUGUUCUGUGUUUAAUCCCACAGUGGUGCCUGUGAAGAUGCUGGACGAUCAGAAAGAUCAAAAACAUUUAUUCUGCAUCAGUCAUGUUGUUGUUCUUAUUUUCCAAGUACAGACAGAAUCAAAAUUUUCCUCCUGUCAGGAUUGUCCAGAGUCAGUUUGCACUAAGAAUAUUUGAUGGGACAUUUUAUAUGGAACAAACUCAUCAGCUAAAUAAUUUAAGAUGUCUGCUCCAGCCCAGUUUCUGUCACUUAUUAAAUGACUGGAAAAACUAAAUAUAUAAGUUGCAUGGCUGACAUGACAAGCAAAUGUGACAGUAUCUGCCACAGCAACAUAAAUAUCUAAAUGUGCCUGCAUUUGAAAAACAGUCCAAGGACUGUUGAAAAAGGUAUCUUCAUUAAUAUGUAUGCACCAUGCUCUGUUUCAUUUGAUUUGUUAAAACAUACAGGGCGUACAUGAGUGCAUUUCCUAGCCUUAAUAUGGGAAGGGAAGUUUCCUCUUUUGGGGCUUGUAUUGUUUUACCUUAGACUUCCUUAAUCGUAAUGUUUUGUAUAUGUUAAACCAACUGUUUUUCUUGGUAUCCUUUGUCCUUCCAUAUCUAUGUUCAGUAUUGUAAUUAAUUUGUUAUUACCGUAAAUUACUUGCUGUGAAACCAGGCUUUCAAACAGUUUUAUUUUAUAUGAUUUACAGUUGUUUUUAGUGCUUGUGGUUUCACUGAAAGCAGAAUCAGAGUUAAAUUUUAUGAGGCGUGAUGUGUAGUAAAGGAGGUCAUUCUUGUAUUUUCUUACCUGUAAGAAAGAGUGAUAUACUAGAAAAUUUGCACAGCACUGAAGCAUGAGCUACUUUCAUCUAAACCUGUACAAAAAUAAAGUUUUAUAUUUUUCAGUAGGGAAAUGAUUUUCCUUCCUGGAAUUACAGAUACAUGUAGAAUAUAUUUAAUAAAAAGAUCUUAUACAAAACAAUAGUAUCUAAAGUAUAGAUUGGCAUUGUAGUAUAAUGGAACAGUAUAAAAUAUAAAUAGCUUUAGCCUUUGCAGAAAGUCGCAGGUUGACACUUAUGUAAUUAACAAAAGCAUCCACAAUUGAAGUAAAUGUUUUAUGUGUAAUAUUUUUUUCCCAAAAUGGGCAACUUGAUAUAUAAUGUAAUGGAUUUAUUUUAUCUGUGGUUAUUGCUUUGAAAGAAAAUGCUUUUUAUGCAGUAGGUCUCAAAAUAUUGUUCAUAUUGAUCAGAAUUAAAUUUGUAUAGAACAUAAUUUUAAAAAUGAAUUGUAAAUAGCACUAUGUUUCUUUUCAGCAACCUGUACCAAUACAAAUUCUUCUGUAAACUAAAUAAAAUAAUAUUGUAGUGCA